CGUACGGUACUAAGGUAGGUUAUCACAGGGUCCCGUCCAUGUAGCCCAGCAUCAAUGCGCCAGCACCCUACACAACCUACACUGCCAGUUACCUUUUCCAGCUCCCUCUCUCCUGCGCGCAAGCAUCAUACGGAGGAACGAGCGUUCGGUUGGGUCCCUGUGGCGCUCCAUCAAGCUUUCCAUUCCCUUGUUGAACGAACGGUUGCUCUUCCAGAACUUCCCCACAACCGAGUGGUUGGCUGGCUGCCAAAGCCUGCCGGCGACAGCUGCCCCUCGCCAGGAGUGAAUGGUGGCACUCCUCGUCACCUAACUUGCAAUCAAUCUAGUGCUCCCGCCAACCAUCAAUUGGUCCGCCCAUCGCAUUUCCUUGCCGUACCGUGUGUCGUCAAUUCCUUGCGCCUUCUUUCCCGAGAGAUCGGAACUGAUUCGUCGGCGGGCCAUGGCCUCAAUUAAUGAUCUGGCGACUGCCGCCGUCUCAGCCCUCGUCACUCCCGCGCCAACAACUGCAGCAGCCCCGCCCUCGCCAUUGCCAUUGCCCGAUUCGGCGCGGGCCGGAACCGAAGACGGCGCUCAUGGUGAGCCUGCCGUGGCCCGGGGCGCCCUCGUGGUCCUCGAAGGGCUCGACCGGAGUGGCAAGACGACCCAAGUCAAGCUGCUCGAGCAGCGCUUUGUCGAGCUCGGCCGCAAGGUGAAGGUGAUGCGCUUCCCGGACCGCACGACGCCGAUUGGCCAGAUGAUCGAUUCGUACCUCAGGAGCCAGGUCGACAUGGACGAUCAUGUCAUCCACUUGCUCUUCAGCGCGAACCGGUGGGAAGCAGCUAAAACCAUCGCGUCGCUGCUCACCGCGGGUGUCACGGUCAUCUGCGACCGCUACUAUCACAGCGGCAUCGUCUACUCGGCCGCGAAGCAGAAUCCUUCUCUUACCCUUUCAUGGGCCCGCGCCCCCGAAGUUGGCCUUCCUCGGCCGGAUUUAGUGCUCUUCCUGGACCUGGAUGAGAACCAGGCGAGGGCACGCGGCGGCUGGGGCGGGGAGGCCUACGAGAAGGCCGAGAUGCAGCGGCGCGUGCGGGAACUUUUCUGGGGGCUGAGCCUAGGCAAGAUCGAGACGGCGUCUGUCGUCGCAGAGCAGGGCGCCGUCGGCCCCAAGGAGGAGGUGGCGGUCGGGCCGCCCACUGCCCAGAGAUUGACGGGAACGGAGUAUCGGUUCCGCCAGGAAGAGGAAGACCUUCACGUCAUCGACGCAAGUCCGUCCGUCGAGGAGGUUGCUGAAGAAGUCUGGAGGGUAGUGAAAUCGAGAGUCGAGGCUGUCGAAAAGGGGGAAAUGGGAAGAGGGAUACGAAGGGUCUCGUAGAGGCGAGGGGAGAAGAAAGAUGUCCUUGGAUCGGUGGGCGUACGAUCAAGAGCGGGUUCAGACCUGCAUGGCGAAGUUCGAAGUUGCGCGCAGAUGCGAGUAUGGCAAAAGAAGCAUGGGAGGCAUGUCUAGGCGUCGUUGUGACACCC